AUGGUGGCGGCGGAUGUCAUCAAACGCUACCAUGCUCUAUUAGGUAAAAACGUUGUUUUGCUAUCUGGCACAGAUGAACACGGGACCAAAAUUGAAAAUGCCGCCAACGCCAUAGGUAAAAAACCACAAAUAUAUGUGGAACAUAUGCGCAAUCACUACAAGGAAGUACUAGAAACUUACAACGUCCAGGUGGGUAUCAACGUUCAUACUGCGGUAGACGAACACAAACGUAAAGUCAAACAGGUCUUCGCCCACUUGCUGGAUAAAGGCGAUAUCUACCAGGGGAUGCACGAAGGAUACUUCUCACCCGCUGAAGAAACCUACUACACUCAUUUCCAAAUAACAAACGGAAAGUCGCCUCAGGGAUUCGACGUUCACCCUGUGGCUGAGAAAGCAUUCUUCUUCAGGCUUUCCAAGUACAGGGAUGCAUUGCGCGAAUUGAUAAGCAAGGAGGGGUUCAUAAUGCCAAAAGAACGACAGAAUGAGGCACUGGCACUGUUAAACGGCGACAUCCCCGAUAUCGCUGUAACGAGGUCAAACACCAACUGGGGAGUGCCAGUAGACAAACAAGGAUUUGAAGAACACACCAUAUAUGUCUGGUUGGACGCACUCUUGGGAUAUCACAUAGAUUACAAACAACAUGGAAUUGGUGAAAAUACUAUAAUGUUGUUCGGAAAGGAUAUAUUGCGCUUCAUCGCUCUAGUGUGGCCAGCACUCUUGAUGUCAUUAGGUUUGCCACUACCGCAUCAAAUGAUUUGUCACGGAUGGUUAAUGACAAACGGUGAAAAAAUAUCAAAGUCAAAAGGUGAAAAGGUCUUCGCAUUGCCUGCUAUCGGAACUUCCGACGUUUCAAGGUUCGUACUUUUGAACCUCGGGGCAUUUGGGGAGGACGUUCAAUUCAACAACGAACGGGUGGCGAGCCUCACCGAUAUGGUAAAAGAUAAGUAUGCUAACCUAACACACAGACUCACCGGAAUCAUACAUAAAAGAGGUAUUCAAGAAAUAAGUCACGAUGUCCAAGGGGAAAUACACCCAUUUGUUGAGAACAUUGUUAACAAAUGGGAACAACUACAGCAAACAAUGACACAGUACAGAAUCGAUAGAUACCUCUCCGAGAUAAACGAAAUAGAGAAAGACAUCAAUGGCUAUAUCACGGAAAACCAGUUAUGGGAGAUUCAAGAUGAUUCAGAGCUGAAGCCACAUGUGCUUACGAUGUGUCAGGCCCUAUUGGCACUAACCAUCUAUUUCUCUCCAAUUAUGCCACAACUUGCAAGCAUGAACCUAGAGAGGCUGCAGCCACAUGUCAACAAUGUGCCAGUAAAAGUUGGAGUGGCGUCGGACAUGCUGCGGACCCUGGGACAUAUGGAUUUCAAGCCACAACAUUUAGGCGUCCUAGUGUAA